AUGACUGGGAACCACUGGGGAUACGGGAAGGAGGACGGUCCUACCCUGUGGCAUAGAAACUACCCGGUUGCUGAGGGAAGCCGGCAAUCCCCAAUUGACAUCAUACCCCUUCAGGCUGUACAUGAUCACAGUCUGGGUCCGAUAAUCUUGAGCUAUGAUCACUGUACCUCCAUUAACAUCGCCAACAAUGGACACUCAGUAGUUGUGGAGUUUGAUGACUCAGAUGACCGUUCAGUAAUCCGGGGAGGCCCUCUUGACAACCCCUACAGACUGAAACAGUUUCACUUCCACUGGGGUGGAAAGGGAUGCCAUGGCUCUGAGCACACUGUUGAAGGAAUGAGCUAUGCAUCUGAGCUUCAUUUAGUUCACUGGAAUGCUGUCAAGUACAAGAAUUUUGGGGAGGCAGCAACAGCUCCAGAUGGCCUCGCUGUCCUUGGCAUCUUUUUAGAAGCAGGUGACGACCACAGGUGGCUCCACGUGAUAACAGAUGCUCUGUACAUGGUGAAAUAUAAGGGCAGCCUUACAGAUUUCAAAGGUUUCAACCCCAAGUGCCUCCUCCCCAGCAGCCUCCAGUACUGGACCUACCUGGGGUCGCUGACCACACCCCCCCUGCACGAAAGCGUCACCUGGAUCAUCCUGAAGGAGUCGAUCACAGUGUCUGAAAAGCAGCUGGGAAAGUUCAGAAUGCUUCUGUUCACUGGCGAGGAAGAGGAUCAGAGGAUGCGCAUGGAAAACAACUUCAGGCCCCCACAGCCUCUCAAAGGCAGGAAAGUGCGUUCCUCCAAUUAA